AUGGCCAGCGACAACAAGGGAAAGCCCCCGUACCCGCCUUUCACGGCCGAAACAGCUCAGAUCAAAGUGAAGGCUGCUCAAGACGCCUGGAAUACCAAGGAUCCGGCAAAAGUAAAAUUGGCCUACACGCCAGACUCUAUCUGGCGAAACCGAGGCACUUUCAUACAGGGCCGAGACGAAAUCGAGGCCUUCCUAACGAAGAAGUGGGAGCGCGAGCAGGGAUACCGACUCCGCAAGGAGCUUUUCGCUUUCACGAACAACAAGAUCGCCGUCCAGUUUUGGUACGAAUGGUAUGAUGCAGAGGGCCAGUGGUGGCGGACAUACGGGCUCGAGGACUGGACAUUCGCUGAUGAUGGGCUUAUGAGGAAGCGUCAGAUGAGUGGUAAUGAUGUUAAGAUCGCCCACGAAGAAAGAUGGUAUAAGGAUGGUGUAGAUGUGAAUACGGUCCCUAUCUCCGAGAAGCAUUGGUAA